AUGGAGUCUGUAGCCUUCCAGAUUUGGGCCACCGUUUCUCUUCUGGCCCACCUCGCAGAUGGGAACCCCAUCUCCAGCCUAGACGUACCUCUGAUGGACGAAGAGGUGCCGUUCUUUGAUGAACAGGACGCGCUGCUUCAGAAUUUGCAAAACGAGCUCCUGAAGGCACUUAACCUCUCGGGGAUCCCCCUGCAAGAGGAAGCCAAAGUGGACCCUCCAGAAUAUAUGUUAGAGCUUUACAACAGGUUUGCCAGGGAUAAGACUUUGCUGCCAUCAGCCAAUAUUGUGAGGAGCUUCAAAAAUGAAGAACAGAGUUUGCGGCCCAUCCGCUUGAACGGAAUACGGAGGUACCCUCUCCUGUUCAAUGUCACCAUCCCUCACCAUGAGAAGAUAACCAUGGCUGAGCUGAGGCUCUACACCCUGGCGGAGGACAAGCCGCUCUACGAAAAUCUCGACCGGAAGGUCACCGUCUUUGAAGUGCUGGAGGGUGAACACCGAGGAGGGAAAGAAGGAGAAGAGAGGAAGCUGAGAGUGCUGGCAUCCAGGUUUAUUUACAGCACCGACAAUGAAUGGAAGACAUUUGAGGUGACAGAAGCCAUCAGGAAGUGGCAUCACUCUGACUCAACCACUCACCAGCUAGAGGUGCAGGUGGAGUACCGAGUGGGGGAGAAUCCCAACCCAGGAAGGCACAGAGGCGUAGACAUCAACUUGGAACCCAAACACAAGCCGUUGUUAAUUGUGUUUUCAGACGACCACAGCCAUGCCAAGAGAGAGGAAGAACACGAGCUGAAGGAGAUGAUGGAGCACGAGCAGAUGCAAGGGUGGCCGGAUUUAGAUUUGCAAGACUUCUCCAGCAGCCCCAACGAUCUGCUUCAGAUCAGAUCCAACAUCAUCUAUGACUCAACAUCCAGGAUCAGGAGGAACGCCAAAGGAAGCACCUGCAAAAAGACGUCCCUCUAUGUGGAUUUCAAGGAGAUCGGCUGGGACUCCUGGGUCAUUGCACCCGCCGGCUACGAUGCCUACCAGUGCAAGGGAGCCUGCAGCUUCCCUCUGGAUGGCAGCCAGUCGACCACCCAUGCCAUGGUCCAGACGUCUGUUCACUUGAAUGAUCCCCAGAGAGCUUCUCCUGCCUGUUGCGUCCCAACCAAACUGGACCCCAUCUCUUUGCUCUUCUUGGAUAAAGGAAUCGUCACCUUCAAGCAAAACUACGAAGGCAUGUCCGUCUCUGAAUGUGGCUGCAGAUAG